UUAUAUAUGUACAUAUAUAUAUAUGUAUGUGUUUGCAAUAUUAGCAUUACUGUAUUGAAUCUACACAAGUGAUUGUCAUACGAAUGGGGAUUCGCUAGAGUGUUUACAGUAUGUAAUUUUUUAUAAAUGUUAUUUGGAAUAAUACAAAAAUUACGAUGUUUAUUAAACCGUUCAAAGUAAAAUCUAAUAACCAAUUAAAGGGUACUGAAAGGAAAAAAUUAUGCGAAUAUGUAUUAUCAAUGUACUCUUGUUUAACAGAAGAAACGGUACAAGUUUUGUUACCAAAAAAAGAAUCGAUUACUGUAAUGAGAAUAGUAACUCAUAAUGGUCAACUAUGUAAAUUAUAUUGCGUUGCCAGAAUACCAUUAUUCUUUCAAUUAGAAGCAUCCUCGUCAAUGUUUUUUCCAACGAUCUAUACAUUAUGGCAUCAUCCACAUUUAUUACAUGAUUUUACUAUGCGUAUUCAAGUAUUACCAAAAUUGAUUGAAGGGGCAGAUUUGAUGUUACCUGGAUUAGUGGUAAAAGAACCAAUAACAUUCUAUUCUUAUGGUAAAUUAGCAAAAGGUACACCGGUAUCAGUGAACACAGAAGAAAAUAAGGCACCAAUAGCUGUUGGCGUUACUGCACUAUCCAGCGAAGAUAUGUAUUUAUCUGCAGGUCGUGGGAAAUGUAUACAAAUUUAUCAUGUAAUGGGUGAUAAUCUUUGUCAAUUAGGAAAAUCACCUGUUAGACCUGAUCUUGGUCUUCCAAAUGUUUCCGAAGAAGAUCAAUUAGAUGACAAUGAAAGAGAUAAUGAAAAAUCAGAAAUUACAAAAAAUGAUUCUGACGAUGCUAAACCAUUGUCUAAUUUAAUAAAUGAAUUAGAAAUUGGUAAUGAUGAUGUUAAUGCUGAUAAAACUGAUUCCAUAUCUCAAGAUAUUGCAAAUGAAAAGGAGGAACAAGCAGAAAGUACAACAAACACAAUUUCUGGAACAUCUGAAUUUGUUGAUCUUACAAAAGAAAUGGAUGAAUUAUUAGAGUAUUGCUUUCUAAAAGCAUGCAAAACAACGCUCAAAGCCAAUGAUCUGCCCAUGUUAACCUCUAAUUUUUUUAAAAAUCAUUUAUUAACAGCCUGUCCACCGGAUAAAAAUAUAGAUAUAAAAAAAUCAAGAUACAAAAAGCUAUCUGUUUUUCUGACAGAUAUGAAGGCUAAAGGACUUAUUAAUACUUCUGUGACAAAAGGAGUGGAAAGUUUAUUGUCAGUGGAGUUCAAACAUCCCUUGUUAAAAGAAUUAAUUAUUAAUGAAACAUCGGUACCGUCAGAACCAGUUGCUUCAAAUACAGUUGGUGUAUCAGACUGUUAUAAAGUAACUACUGAUGUUUUACCAAUAUUAUCGAUAUACGGAUACGAAAAAGGCGACACUAUAGAAAGACGACAAAUCAGAGAGUGUUUUACAAAAUAUGUCAAACAAGAAAAUCUUCAAGAUGGAAAAAUUCUGAAGCUAAAUCCACAACUUGCUGGAAUUUUAAAAACUAAAGAACAUCAAGAAACAUUGUCAAUGGAGGAUGGAAUUAAUAAGUUUGUAGGUCGCAUGACACAUAUGCAUCAAAUAACAUUAGCUGGCACAACGAUCUUACACAAAGGAAAAUUGGAACCAAUCGACAUGAGAGUAACCAUGAGAUCAGGAGGGAAAAAAGUUACAUUAGUAAAUAAUCUAGAAGCAUUUGGAAUAAACUCCAAAGACUUUAGUAAAGAGUGUCAAAAUAUUGGUGCAAGUGCUACGGUCACGGAUGAUCCUGGAAAAAAGACACCAAGCGUUUUAGUACAGGGAAAUCAAAUCUUGUAUGUAUACAAACUAUUAACAGAAAAAUAUGGAAUUAAGAAAACUUAUAUACGAGGUUUGGAAUUUGCACCGAAAAAGUACAAUGCCAACAAAAAAAAAUAAACUACGAUAACAGAAUGCAUUCUAAUAAUAUCUGAAUAAUUAUGAUAUAUAUAUAUGUAUGUAUGUAUGUAUGUAUAUAUAUAUAUAUAUAUAUAUACACAAUAUUAAAUGUAAUUCAUCUUCAGUAAUGUAAUUAAAACCAGUCUGAUUCUUUUAAAA